UUGUCAGACUAUCUUCCCCACUAUUUCAAAGCUUGUCACUUUCACUUAGUUAUGAACUGCAACAACAUAUACUGCCUUACAAAAUUAGCAACUUUUUAGUGUGAUCUCUAGGCUCUUGUAUGUUCAAACUUUAAAAAUCCCUUGUCUAAAAUCUUGAAAAAAAAUCACCCAAUGUGGCCAGCUUUAGUAGGUGCAGCAGCAGCAGCAGGAUCUGGUUUUUUAGCCAAGAAAAUCUUUAACCAAAAUGCCACUCAACCCACUUCAAAUUCCACUGAAAGUAACAUAAAAUGUGAUAAACCCAAUGACCUAUAUGGGUUUUCCACUCCUUUUCAUCAUAAAGAUUCAAUCUUUACCAGUAAUUGUGAUAAACCAAGUGAACCAGAAGGUUUUAAUACCUUUUUUCAGCAUAAAGAUUCAAGCUUUACCAGUAAUUGUGAUAAACCUAGUGAUCUAGGUGGGUUUAACACUUUUUUUCAGCAAAAAGAUUCAAGCUUUACUUGUAAUUGUGAUAAACUCAGUGACCCAAAUGGGUUUAACACUUCUUUUCAGCAAAAAGAUUCAAGCUUUACUAGUAAUUGUGAUAAACACAGUGAGCCAGAAGGGUUUAACACUUAUUCUCAGCUAAAAGAUUCAAGCUUUACUUGUAAUUGUGAUAAACCUAGUGAUCUUGAAGGGUUUAGUACUUACUUUCAGCGAAAAGAUGCAAACUUUGCAUGUGAUUUUGGCUGCAGCAUUCAAGAAAAUAGUGAGGGGUUAUCUGAUGAGUCAAUUUUUAGGUUUUCCAGUGCUUCUGGGACUGAGAUGGGGUUUAGGAAUUUGAGGAAGAAAAAUGUGGAAGGUUGUAGAAAGACAAAAGGGAAUGCAAUUGAGUGUAAGAGAAAUAAAAGUGGUGGGAAAUUAAGGAAAAAAUGUGGAAAUGUAAGGACUGGUGAAAAGGAAUUGUUUAGGUUGAAUGGGAAGAGAUUUUAUGUUUGUUCAAAGAAGAGGAGAACUAAUAAAGUUCCUUCAGGGAAAUGUGAUUCUUGUGCUUCCAAAGGUAAUUCGUUUUUUGGUUAUGGACUUGGAAUUGGAAUGAUGUGCAUGAUGUCAGCUGGGAAGUCUGAGAUCAAUAGGCUCAACACUACCAUGGAUGAAACAGCCAAUGCUGUAGAAGAACUGAAAGCCGAACUUUCUAGGAGAAAAGUUGCACAUGACAUGCGUGCUUCGAAAAAUAAAGCUGAAAUAGAUGAAAAGAAUGAUAGAGAAUGUAGAAUACGUGUGAUCGGUGAAAGUAGCAAUGAAAACAGGAAUAUUUAUAGUGAGGAAGGUGAAUGUGGAAGCAGUGUCGUUACAGAAGAGCCGCAACCUGAGGUUAUGGAAUUGGAUGAACUGGAAGCUGAGCUUGAAUCGGAGUUGCAAAAGCUUCCAUGGUGUGCUACAGAUAAGAUGGAUUUAAAUGGAGGAAGAGAUCCUUGUAAGGAUGACUUUCUGGAGAAAGAAUUUAACCUAGCCAAUGACCGGAACGCAGGAACUUAUCAAUUCAAUGGAGUAUUGCCAUCUGAACUAGAUCAAAAACUAUGUCAUCUGCUCAUUGAACAACAAGAAAGCCAAAUAGUGGAGCUGGAAUCUGAGCUUCACCAAACUCAUUCCAAACUCCACGAGAAAGAAGCUGAGCUCCAAGCACUCAAGGAUUGUGUCCGACGUCUUACUGAAUUUACUCUAGGUAAUGCUUCAGAUGAAGAGACUGAUAGCAAAAUGGAAGAUGAGAACAUUCGUGGUGGGGAUCAAGAGAAGAAAAGUGGACAUGAAUCAGGGGAAUCAAUUGUUGGGAUGAAAAGAUCAAUGAACUUUUGAGUAACAUAAACAUUCGUGGUGGGGAUCAAGAGAAGAAAAGUGGACAUGAAUCAGGGAAAUCAAUUGUUGGGAUGAAGAGAUCAAUGAUCUUUUGAGUAACAUAAAGCAACACAUGAUGGUUCACAAGUGAAGAAAAUAUAUGUGAUAGUUCAAUCAUCUGAUAACUUUAUUUUCUAGAUAAUCUGUGGGCCAUUUUUGCAACUGCAAUCAUCUGAUAACUUUAUUUUCUAACAUAAUCUGUGGGCCAUUUCUGUAACAUCACUAGAACAGUCCCACAAGAAACUAUUGUCCAGAAUCCCCCACAGAAGGGAACAGAAAAAAGGAAAAAGGAAGAACUUUGAAAAGAUGGAAAUUACUAUGAGUAGUACUGUAGUAGGUACCGUGUAAGCACUGUUUUUUGAGGUCUUUUCAUCCUAAUAUCAAAGUAUAUUGUAUAUUAUACUCCAACUAUUUCAAUUUACGUGACACAUUCUUUUUAA